GUAAAACCUAACACAGAUAAACUUUCGCGUCUGAUAUAGAUUUUUGGUAAAUUACCUGGCAACUCUGCAGCAUAUAACGCGCUUUAUUUUACUAUUCUGUUGUUCCUGAUGUAUCCAUGCGUGUUUAUUUAAACUUGUAUAUAGAAUAUAACUGGCGUCAUGGACUUUAAUGAUGAUUACGACAUUUACGGCGACUUAGAUGGUCUAGAGGCUGAAACGAAGAAGGAAAAUAAAAUUAUUCAAGAAUUACACACGCAGAUUGAAGAACUCAAAGCCAAAAUUGCAGAGAAAGAUAAGGAGAAGCAAGAGAUUGCAAAUAAAAAUGCCGUGCUGCUGGAAAAUAUUUCUUCACUGCUAUUGACUGCGAAAGCUGAAUUGAAACGGAAAGAUGUUCUGAUAGCUGAUAUACGAAGGGAGAAAGACAACACGGUUUUUAGAAGAAAAGGUUCUGUUCAUGUACGCAAAUUUGAUUGUGGGACUCAAACAACGUUGAUUCAGUUGUUGGAUCAGGGAAUUCAAACAGAACGAGAAGCUAUGCGUUCGGAACUGAUCACAAAGAAAAAUGAUUAUCGUGAGCGUAGCAGAUCGUUAGAAAUGAUUCGUGGCAGUAGAGAGAUGCUAUGCAAAAGCAACAGAGAUCGAAUGAGAGCAAAAUCGAGGGAAAGAAUGAAAUUUAAUCUUGACAGGCGAGUCGCACUUCACGAAGAACGCAAGAAAAUUCACAAACCACGUGAUAGAAGUAGAGAACGAAGACGGGAGCGUGAACGGAGAGCUCGUAGAGAAAAUCGCUCCCCCAAGACGGAAAUCAAACAUUCUAGUGUACGAUUUAAAAGUCCUGUUAGGGUAAAAUCUGAAAUUUGUGCUUCUGGGGACAUUUCCAGUACGUUCAUUCCAAUGAAUAAGAAAGAAUUAGAUCGAUAUGUUAAGGAAAUCGAUCGAAAUAAAAGUGUGUCACCAAUAGCAUUCUUUCGUGAAAGUAAUCCUAGUGAGAAAGAUGCUUCAAAAUCGUUCCAAGAAGAACAUAAAAAACACUCAAAUAUUGAUAGAACCAAAUCUCGUGCUCUGAAGCCUCGAACUUAUAAACGCAUUGAAAUGUCUCCAAAGUUGAAAAAACAAUUUGAUAUAAUUCAAUCUGAUGAAAUUGGAACGACUGCUCCCACUGCAAAUUCGACUAUGUUCACUAGUGAAGAUCUAGAACAAAAAAUGACCAUGCUACACGGAGAAUCAAUGCCCAAAACACCAGCCAAAUAUGAAUUUGCUCAAACCUCAACUGAGCUACUUCAGGAUUUGAACAACGAAGACAGCACCAGCCAUCUGUGCGCGUUACCUCCUCCAACAUUAGUUAUACCACCCCCAGAACCGCCUAUAAUUGAGCAGGUGCCGGAAAUUCCUAUUGAUGACGAUCCGAAACUAAAUGAUAGCAGGGAGCUUAAAAUAAUUGAAUCAGACGAACUGUUGACCAUGGACCAAGAGCAUGAGGAUGAGAAGAACUCGACAGCUGAGACUGUGAUUCAAAAUCUCAUCCCACUCAUAGCAGAAUUAGAAGAAGGUGAAUUGCCUUCCUCAGACGAUGAGGGUUGUGGUCUAGUAGAACGAUCGGCGAAAACUGUCACGAAUGACACUAAUGCGGACCAGCCUCAUGUACUUACUAAUAAUGUGAAAGUCAGGUUAGCGCAUGUUUCUAAAAUAAUCGACAUGUCAAAAACUGUUGGACGGUAUGAUUUGACUCCCCGGAAAGAUCCAAUAAAACUGCCAGCGUUACUACAACCAGAACUCGAACAAGAAAAUGGUACUAAACAUAAAAGAAACUUGCUCAGUGCGGUUAAAGAAUCUGAUCCUUCGCCAAUGGAGUUGUUUACAUCGAUUAAAAGACAGUCAGAGCUGUCUCAUUCAAAGAAUCGGAAGAAAUCACAUUAUCAUAAAAGUAGUAAAUCUCUUAAGAAGCUUUUUGGAACAGAUGAGGAGAACUCUGUCUGUGGUUCGCCUAUUAUAGAGCGAAAACGAAAGUUUAAACCAGAACGAAAAGAAAGUACUUGCGAUACAAAAAAGCGAAAAAAAUCGGAUGCAAAUGAAAUUAAUGAUCGAGAAAUUGUAGUUUUAGAGCGGCUGUCAAAUAAAUCGAUUUUGAACGAAUUCAAAACUGCAAUUGAACCGGAGAUAAUAGAAACUUCGAAUAACGAAAGCCUGUCUAAAAAUACAUCAGACACAAAUGAAUCGCUAGUCGCAUUAGCUCAGUCAUCUACUGACGACCACGAGACUGCUGUGCAGUCUAUGGAAACUAGCAAAAGCAUAAUUGAACGAGUUUCAGUUACGAUCGUGCAGGAAACAAGUGUCGAAAUUUUACAAGAUGAUAAUCAAGAACAAAAAUUAUCACUUGCCACAGUUUGCUUAAAAACUGCUACGAAUGAGAAGACAAGAACUGAUUUGAAUGAAUCGAUAAUUGCAAUAGCUAAGUCAUCUACCGAAGAACAGGAAACUGCUGUGCAGUGUAUGGAACGCGAAAGUAUAAUUGAACGAGUUCCAAUUGCGAACGUAAAAGAAGCGAGUGCCAAUGUUUUGCAGGAUGAAACCCAAGAACAACCAAAACUACCAUCAUUAAACACGGCUUGCAAAGGAAUAGCUACAAAUGAGGAGAAAAUAACCGAUUUGGAAAAAUCGAUGGCCAACACGAAUUAUCCUUUGGACAAACAUACUAAUCCAAAAUGUAUUGAUUCUAAUCUUAAGGAACAGCAUCAACGGCCGUUACAAGAGAAUUCAUUCAUCUGUUCAAGUCGAUAUAGCGAAUACAGGAUCGAAUUCGACAAUGAGGUCGAAACGACAGUUUAUCUAACAAGGAAAAGGAAAAAGAAAAAAUACUCACUGACUGGAAUGAGGAUUGCGAAUGGAACAAAUUGAUAGGAAAUCAACGCAUAUUGUGAACAAUCAACAUAUUUUAUAUUUAUUUAAUGUUACGAAAAUAAAGUACCGAUGGUUUUUACCAUAGC